CGUCGUUGCGUCGUCAUACGUGGCCGUUUGUCUCCAGGAGCCAAUCAGAAUCGUCCAGGUCACCGCGUCGUGUUUGUAACGGAAGAGAAGAUGGCGGCAUCGCGGAACGGGAAGAGCGGUCUGCUGGAGAAAUGGAGGAUCGAUGAGAAGCCGGUGAAGAUCGAUAAGUGGGACGGGGCGGCGGUGAAGAACUCUCUGGACGAUGCUGCUAAGAAGGUGCUGCUGGAGAAGUUCUGUUACGUGGAGAACUUCAGCCUGGUGGACGGCCGGCUGAUGAUCUGCACCGUGUCCUGUCUGUUUGCUAUGCUGGCCCUGGUCUGGGACUACCUGCACCCCUUUCCCGAGUCCAGACCGGUCCUGGCCUGCUGCGUCAUCUCGUACUUCAUCAUGAUGGGGAUCCUGACUCUGUACACGUCCUACAAAGAGAAGAACAUCUUCCUGGUGGCUCUGCAGAAGGACCCGGCCGGCAUGGAUCCAGAUCACGUCUGGCAGCUCUCGUCCUCCCUCAAGAGGUUUGAUGACCAGUACUCUCUCAGGGUCUCGUUCUCUGAGGGGAGGACCAGGACCUGGAGGGAGGCCGAGUUCACCAACUCCGUGUCGGACUUCUUCGACGAGAACGGGACGCUGGUGAUGGACCAGUUUGAGAAGUCUGUUUCUAAACUCCACGACACACUGGCCAUGGACAAGAAGACCAAAUAACACACACACGCACACACGCACACACGCACACCCACACACACACACACACACACACACACACACACACACACAUACACACACACACACACACACACACACAGGAUAUGAGGUCAUCAUGCUGCUCCCUCAGCUCUCUGGUUUCACUUGAAGCAUCAGGAUCUUUCAGCAGCAGGGUCAGGUCCUCCUCAGUGGGCGGAGUCUGCUCAGCUAACACUCAGAGAAUUGAUUAGCCUGAUUCCUGAGUCCUUGUCUCCUUUCCUUGUUUCCUUGUCCUUUCCAUAAACUGUUCUUUAGAAGAUAAUGAACCACGUUUCUUUGUCUUCAGUGUUUUGUCCCCCACCAUCAGUUUGUUUGUAGCCAGAGGUGAAGAGAGGGAGGGGCUAAACGAGAGAGGGAGGGGCUAACGACGAGAGGGUGGAGCUUAAGAAGACAGUAACAGGAAGUUAUUUAAUCUGUCUUCCUCAGUUACUAGGCAUGUACCUCUGUCAGUAAAUAACCUGUCACUCAAAGAAGCCACGCCCCCUAACCCUCCCUUUAACCUGUAAACAGGUGAGUUGUUCUCUAGUGGACACUGGAGGAACUGCAGGUUUGGGACUUCAGUGUUGGAUCCCUCCCUGGAUCAAAGCUGGUCCACUGAGGAGCGGGUGUCUGGGUUUGGGUCUGUCAGAGUCUCUGUGGGGGGACUAAAGAGAAACCAAAGAGCUGAGAGCUUCAGAGAUGACCUCAGGUUUAGGAGACCCUCCAGGUCUCGGCUCCAUUGAACCCCCUUUUUAUAUCCGCGUCUCCUCUGAGACCUUUAUCUGUUGACUCUGUCCUCUUUGUUUUACGUUCCUGCCGCUUUGAAUCAGAACGCUCUCUGUGCUGAGACGUCUCAGGAGGACGGCGUCAGUGUUUCUGUCCCCCACAUUUCAGCUCCUCAGCGCUCCUGUCCCCCGUGUUGGACUCUGAGGAGGCUUCAGAUCCAUCACAGUCCACCAGGCGCCCCGACCGUCACAUCAAGAGUCCCCACGGAGUCCUGGAAGCAGCUCGCUGGACCUCGUGUUUCUAAAAACAUCUGAUCCUUCUGUCCAAUGAGAGGCUGACUUCAGUAAAGACACGCCCCCCUCUCCUGAGUUCAGACGUGAAGGUGACCAAUGAAAGGAAAGGUGACUCUCUGAUUCACAGGCCACGCCCCCUCACCUAUCCUGAAGGUGGAGCUGAGUUAUGACGGGCUUUAACACCUCGCCGCCUCCUGUCAGAGACUCCGCCCCUCUGUGUGGUCAGCAGCAGGUGUUCCUUUCAUUCUUCACCUGUCUGUGAACGUCACAUGUUUUAGCAUCGUUAGCAUGUAGCACUCGUGACGCUGAACGCCGGCGUGUUGAUGCCUUACAGCAGGAAGUGACUGAAUGUGGACCAGGCUUUAUUUUGAAAGUGUACUUCCUGUUUGUGUGUGACUUCUGUGGAAAUAUUAAAGAUGGAUGUUGUUACAGA